AUGAUGUUACUAAAAGCGUGUAUGGUGGCAAUUACGUUAUUCUUGACCUUAUGCUAGGAUGAUUCAGAAUAUGAAGGGAAUAGCAAACCUAAAAGACAAACUUAUGAUGACCCAGAUCCAUAUAAAAAUCUUAUCGAAUGGUUGAAAGAUGGGAAAGCUGAGAUUUCAAAGGUGCAAAUUGAAGUGUAGAGUGAAGGUCAUAGAACGUUAAGAGCAACUCAAUUCAUCAGAUAAGGUGAAUGGGUGUUGUUCAUUCCACGCACGCAAUAUUUAUCAUUGGAGGAAGUGAAAAAGAGUUGUUUGAUUAAUAGAAAGAUGAUUUAAAUCAAUUAUAAACCAAACAACAUUCAAACUUAUUUUGUUAAUCAUUUAUUACAAGAAAAUAGGAGAAAAUAUUCAUUUUGGAAACCAUAUAUUGAUGUAUUACCAAAAGAUGUGAGUGGAUUUCCUACUUAUUUUGAUGCUGAAUAGGAUGCAUUAUUGAAAGGUUCUCCAACUUUGUUUACAGUGAUAAAUCAAAGGAAAGUAUUCAAAGAGGAAUACGAGAAUUUGAAGGAAGCAGUAAAGGAAUUCUAGAAAUAUGGCUAUACAUAUGAUGAUUUCAUAAAAUUCAGAAUUCUAACAAUAUCGAGAAGUUUUACAGUACAGAUUGGAGAAAAAGAAUAAUAAUAAUUGCUAGUUCCAUUGGCAGAUUUCAUAAAUCAUGAUAAUAAUGGAUUCUUGAAAUAUGGAUAUUCUAAAGACGCAGAUGGAUUCUUUAUGUAGGCUGUUAGAAAUAUUUAGAAAGGAGAAGAAUUGUUUUAUAAUUAUGGUUAAUGGUCCAAUAAAUAUUUUUUUAUGAAUUAUGGAUUUGCAAGUUUGACUAAUCCUAUGAAUUAAUUUGAUUUAGAUAUUUGUUUGAAUAAAAAUGAUAGAUUAUUCAACCUUAAGAUUUCAUUGACUAAGGGAAACAUGUGUUGGGGCAAUAGAUUAGUGAAUGAAACCGAUCAUGAUACAUUUAGGUAGUCAUUGGCUACUGUUAGAUUUACUUAAAUAUCUAAAUUAGAUGACUUUUUAUAAUUGGAAGAAGAUGUAUAAAAUUUUAAACAGUUUUGGCCAGGAUGGCACACUACAAUCAAGACAAUUGAAUUGGAGAAGGCCACUUUCAAAGCAUUAAAAGGAAUAUUAGUAACAGAAUUAGGGAAUUUUGCUAGUACAAUAGAGGAUGAUGAAAGGAGGUUAAAUGAUCCAUAAACUCCUGAAUUUAGAAAACAUAUUAUAAUGUUGACACUGAGAGAAAAACAGAUUAUUAAAAAAAACAUCGAUAUUUGUGAUUUAAUGCUCUAAGUGAUAGAUAAGAGUUCUGAAGAACUUAAAAACUUAAUGAAAUAUUAUCAUUAUCGAGAAAUAACAAAAUAUGUUAAUAGCUAAAUCAUUCCUUUGAAACUUGAGUAAGAAGGCUUAGCAUGA